AUGAUUAAUACUAACGCUAAGCGAAUCACAAAACACUGUGAGUCUGUAUUUAGGCCAAAAGCAUCUUCCCAAGGACGCGAAGUGUUUCUACUGCUUCGAAAAGAAGGUGGCGGCGUUCACAUUGAAGGCAGAUCGUACGAAGGUUUGCGCAUGUUUGUUAAAUACCUUUGGUCCGGAGAAAAGUUCAUGAAUACGGAGGUACACCGUGACCAGAGCCUAUCCAUUGAGGCGAGGAAGCGAUUGGAACUGAUUCUGCAGAAAGAGAUACAGUUUAUCCUACAGGAAGCAAAAAUGUAUAUGGAACAUUGCAGACGAACCAAGCUCACAGCUGGCGAUAUCGAGAAGAUGCUGUAUAUUUAUAAUUUUGAUAAAAUAUUGGGAUAUAAGAAUCGAAGGUCCGAGAUGCAAAGGUCGUUAAUGGUACUUGCUGACAAAUCUAACACAUCGAAUAUCGUUUCCGUAAAUCACAUCAUCGAAUCUGAAGUUCCGGAGCUUCCUCUGGAAACUUCGUUCAAAGUCAAUUGGUUUGUCGUGGAAGGCAAUCAAAUCCAAUAUCUGAAAGAGAUGGGAGAAGAUGAUGACUCUCCCGAUGACUCUCCCGAUGUCCAGCUUCUGAGCCAAUCCACGCGUUCUGUCCAUUCUCUCUCCUUCGAAUGCGAGCUCUACCUCAAGAAGAUCAAGAGCCGUCUCUACAGCUCGGAGGAAGAGAACACGGAGGUGUUCCACCAGCUCCAAACCGACGAAGGUCUCAACCAAAUCUGCCCAUAUCUCGUCGAUUGGGUGCAAUCCACCACGCAAAAGAUCAUGCAGAAGAAGCCCGUCCGCAUGGUCGCCUACCUCCGGUACAUCAUCCAGCUCAUCCACAGUCUUCUCCUCAACCGCCAUCUCCACAUCGUCAGCUACGUUUCCCUUGUUUCCACUUUUCCACCCAGCUCCACAUCCUCGUUCCCUGCAUUCUCACCUGCGCCCUCGGAAAAACGCUCAGUUUCUCCCCCGCGGAAGACCACUGGGAGUUACGCGCACGUGCCGCCAUCGUCCUCGCCGAGCUGA